AAAAAUUUAUAAUGUUUAAAUUUAAUUAUAAAUGUAUAACAAUACAAUAAGCUCUAUCCCGAGUAUUCCCAAGACAUAAUAUGGUUCUAGUUGUAUAAAAUAAUUACACUUUUUAAAUGAGCAAUAAAAUGAACUAUACAUCACUCAAAAGUUCCCAGAUUGUAUUAAACACUUUACACUUGCUUUAGUGUUCAAAUAUAAUAAACUAAACAUUUGUAAAUAAUAAUUUAAUCACUAAGUAAACUUUACCGUAAAGUUGCUAUAUACAUUUUGUUCCUGGAGUUUGGCAAGAUGAUGGCUGGUAAAGUAAUGGAGACUGAGGAGCAGAAUAGAAUAAGGUUCCAAGUAGAAUUGGAAUUUGUGCAGUGUUUAGCAAACCCAAACUAUAUUCACUUUCUAGCUCAACGUGGGUAUCUCAAAGAGCAACCAUUUAUAAACUACUUGAAGUAUCUUCAGUAUUGGCGUGAGCCCGAGUAUGCUCGGUUUCUAAAAUACCCCAUGUGUCUUCAUUUCCUAGAGCUUUUGCAACAUGAGGCUUUCCGAAGAGAGUGUGUUUCUGCUCAGGUGUGCAAGUUUAUGGACGACCAAGCGAUACUGCUGUGGCAGCACUACACACGGCGGCGCACGCGCACGCUGCAGCCGCCCGACGCCCCCGCGCCGCCCGCACCCCCCGCACCGCCGACACAGAGUGUGCAGAGACAGCAGCAGUAGCAGCGUAUACUGUGGUGUGUACAGUUGCAGUGUUAUUAAGAAAAAUAUAUUUAAUCCAUACUCAAUUAAUCCAAACUAAAUCUGAACUAUGUUGCUAUGUUUGUCAAGUUGUUGCAUCCGUAACGAAAAUAAACCUAACACCCCCACUCCUACUAGCAGGUUGGUGUGGGCGUGUUUUAAUAAUACCUACUUCCAAAACAAGACCCAAUGUGUCAAGCAAAAAAUUCACCAUCUACUUUUGUAAAAGACCUUGAAUUUCAUUAUGUAAUUUAAGUUUAAAUUUCUCAAAAAAUAACAUAUGAGUUAUGAAAGAGAUUUACCUUUAAUAAUAUUAUUUUAAUGAAUUUUGCUGUUUACAUAAUACUGUGCUAGGUAGGUUAAGAUGAAAGUAAGUUAAAAAAGACUGUAAA